AUGGUUAUGGUCGGUUUGCCGGCCCGUGGCAAAAGUUUCAUAGCAGGAAAAGUCAAGCGGUACCUGAGAUGGACAUCGGUGAAAGCCGAGGUCUUCAAUGUGGGCACGUAUAGGCGGACAGAUAAUCCGCACCCCGACGCAAAAUUCUUUGACGUGAACAAUCCCGAGGGCGAGAAAGCUCGCAAGGCUGCAGCUGAAGCAGCCGUCAACGACAUGCUUGACUGGUUCAAAGACAAGACGAACAAGGUUGCCAUCUUGGAUGCUACGAAUUCAACGAAAUCCCGUCGGCAAUGGCUCCAUGACAGGAUCAUUGAAGCAAACCUUCUUCACAUAUUCGUAGAGAGCAAAUGUGACGAUGAAGAUCUCAUCAUGUCAAAUAUCCUCGAAGUCAAAACCUCAUCUCCUGACUACAUUGGACAGGACCCCGAGGAAGCAGCCAGAGAUUUCCGGGAUCGAAUUCGGAACUACGAGAAGGUAUACCAGACCAUUGAUGAGUCCGAAAAACAUUUGACUUAUGUGAAAAUAAUCAAUAUCGGGGAACGGGUUGUAAUCAACCUGAUUCAAGAUUACCUCCAAUCCCGACUUGUCUACUACCUUACCAACCUACACAUCAAGCCACGUAGCAUAUGGCUGUCAAGACACGGUGAAUCGGAAUACAAUCUUGAAGGCAAGAUUGGAGGCGAUGCAAACCUUUCGGAACGUGGCGAGCGAUACGCGAAGCUGCUGCCUGAGCUCGUCAAGCGCUCCGGCCUUCCUAAAGACGCCCCGCUGACAAUAUGGACGUCGACUCUGCGCCGCACUAGCCAGACCGCGAGGCAUUUGCAGCAAGAACUUGGCUGGGAGAAGCUGCAAUGGAAAGCAUUGGAUGAACUUGAUAGCGGAGUGUGCGACGGGAUGACAUACAAAGAGAUCUCAGACAAAUUCCCCGAAGAUUUUCAAGCACGAGACAAUGACAAAUACAACUACCGAUACCGCGGAGGCGAGUCGUAUCGCGACGUCGUCAUCCGGCUGGAACCCAUCAUCAUGGAGUUGGAGCGCAGCGAAAACAUUAUUAUCAUCACUCACCAAGCCAUUGUCCGGUGUAUUUUUUCAUACUUUAUGGAAAUCCCUCAAGAGAAAUCGCCCUGGAUGGAAGUGCCGCUGCACACGCUGAUGAAACUGACACCGAAAGCGUACGGAACCGAAGUUGAGCGCUUCAAAGCCGACAUCCCUGCCGUGAGCACGUGGCGCCCGAAAGGGUCGACGGCGAAACACCACGACAGUGUGAGCGAAGGCAUGCCGGAUACUGUUGUGGGUGACAUGAAAAAUCUGAAACGGACCGGAACUCCAGCUACGAACGCGGAUGGCGGUGUAAGCGGUGGAAAUGAGACGGGGCACGAAAGCGUCUUUGAUGACGAGGUCCUGGGCUUGCCUCUACCUUGA